AGAAAUUUUUUACUGAAUAUACAGAUGACGGUUACAUGGACCAGUGGUUAUGGGAUUGAGGAAGCAAUGCCUAUUGUUGAAUGGGGUCUUGAAGGGAAAGAGUCAACAUUUUUGUCUCCAGCUGGGACAUUGACAUUCAGUCGUAACAGCAUGUGCGGUCCACCUGCUCGCACUGUUGGCUGGCGAGAUCCUGGUUUUAUACACACUAGCUUUAUGAAAGAUUUAUGGCCAAGUACCAAAUAUUACUACAAAGUUGGUCAUAAGCUAUUCAAUGGCUCAUAUAUUUGGGGGCAGUUGAACUCGUUUACAUCAUCUCCAUAUCCUGGGCAAGAUUCUGUACAACGUGUAAUUAUUUUUGGUGACAUGGGAAAGGCAGAACGUGAUGGGUCUAAUGAGUAUAACAACUUUCAGCCUGGGUCACUUAAUACUACUGAUCGAUUAAUUGAGGACUUGAGAAAUAUUGACAUAGUCUUUCAUAUCGGAGAUUUAGUUUAUGCAAAUGGAUACCUUUCUCAGUGGGAUCAAUUUACAUGUCAAAUAGAACCCAUUGCUUCAAAGGUUCCUUACAUGGUGGCCAGUGGGAAUCAUGAACGUGAUUGGCCAAAUACAGGUUCCUUUUAUAAGAAUCUAGAUUCUGGUGGAGAAUGUGGCGUGCCAUCUGAAACUAUGUUCUAUGUACCAGCAAAAAAUAGGGCAAAAUUUUGGUAUUCUUUAGACUAUGGCAUGUUCCAUUUCUGCAUUGCAAAUUCAGAGUUUGAUUGGCGAGAGGGAACGGAACAAUACAAGUUUAUUGAGGAAUGCUUUGCAUCUGUUGAUAGACAUAAACAACCAUGGCUUAUUUUCAUUUCACACCGCAUUUUGGGCUACUCCUCUGCAUCUUGGUAUGCAGAGGAAGGAUCAUUUGAAGAGCCUAUGGGGAGAGAGAGUCUUCAAACACUAUGGCAGAAGUAUAAGGUGGACCUUGCCUUUUUUGGUCAUGUUCACAGUUAUGAGCGAACAUGCCCCAUUUAUCAAAACUAUUGCGUGAGUGAUGAAAGAGUUAAUUAUAGGGGUACUUUUAAUGCAACUAUUCAUGUUGUGGUUGGUGGUGGUGGGGCAGCCUUGGCUGACUUUACCACUUUACAGACCAGUUGGAGCCUUUUCAAAGAUUAUGAUUUUGGAUUCGUGAAGCUCACAGCUUUCAAUCAUUCCUCUUUGCUAUUUGAGUACAAGAAAAGCUCAGAUGGGAAAGUAUAUGAUCAGUUUUGGAUUACAAGAGAGUACAAAGACAUUCUUGGUUGUGACACCAUUGGUAACUGUCCAUCUACAACCAUGGCUUCAUGACACUUCUUUCUUGCCUAUCGUUGAGCACUAUUGUUCCUCAAAUGUUGUACUGAGUGGAUUAGUUUAAUGAUAACUAAGAUUGAAUAGGUAACAGAAUAAUUUUUUUGUUUUACAACGUGUUCUGGUUUUGAGAACACUCUUAAAAUUUCAAGGGUGCAUAAUGUAUAAGUAACGUCUCAGUUCAGUUAUGAUCUACCAUUAGCUAUUUACCAAAUUUAUUUAGCAUUUAAAAAAAAAAUUCA